AAAUAAAAUGGUCAAUUAGUAGUUGAUUUUGCAGCAGUUCUACCUGAAAGGCUGAAAGGUUUCAUGUCCGCUUGGUUGUCCUGUCUCGGACAAAUCCACUAAUCUGCCACCUACCGCCAAGGCACAAAGGAUAGGUUACUUGCCAAUCUGCUCCAAGUGACAAAAGAUCGAUGCUUGCCAGCCUAUCCUUCCUUGUCCUGCUCGUCUGCCAUUUCCAUGGCCUCAGCCACGCGGCGGUGCCAGCAGCCGCCGGCGGCGGUGACGGCCAGUUCAUCUACAACGGCUUCGCCGGCGCGGGGCUCGACCUGGACGGCAUGGCCGUGGUCGACCCGGACGGCAAGCUCAUGCUCACCAACGUCACAUCCCAGCUGAAGGGCCACGCGUUCCACCCGGCGCCGCUCCGCUUCCACGACAAGGCGCCGGCGCCGGUGUCGACGCAGAACAGAACCGCCCGGUCGUUCUCGACGACCUUCGUGUUCGCCAUCGCCGCCGAGUACGUGACGGUGAGCGGCAACGGGCUGGCCUUCUUCGUCGCGCCGAGCAAGAACCUGUCCGCGGCGUCGCCGAGCCAGUUCCUCGGCCUCUUCAACAACAAGAACAACGGCAACGCGAGCAACCACAUCUUCGCCGUCGAGCUCGACACCAUCCUCAACCCGGAGUUCCGGGACAUCAACAGCAACCAUGUCGGCGUUGACGUCAACGGGCUGGUGUCCGUCGCCGCCAAGCCCGCCGGUUACUACGCCGACGACGACACCGGUGUCUUCAAGAACCUGUCUCUGUACAGCGGCGACGCGAUGCAGGUGUGGGUGGACUACGACGGCCGGGCCACGCUGCUCAACGUCACGCUCGCGCCCGCGGAGGCGGCCAAGCCCCGGAAGCCCCUGAUCUCCGUCGCCGUCGACCUCUCGGCGGUGGUGAACGACACGGCGUACGUCGGGCUCUCGUCGUCGACGGGCCCGUUCCGCACGCGCCACUACGUCCUCGGCUGGAGCUUCGCCCUGGACGGCGCCGCGCCGAUGCUCGACUACGCGAAGCUCCCCAGGAUGCCUCGCCGCGCCGUCGCCAAACGUCGGUCCAGGGCGCUCGAUGUGGCGCUGCCGGUCGCCGUGCCGCUCCUUGCGCUCGCGGCGGUGGCCUGCGUGUCCCUCCUCGCGUGGCGGCGGUUCCGGUACGCCGAGCUCCGGGAGGACUGGGAGGUGGAGUUCGGCCCGCACCGGUUCGCGUACAAGGACCUCUUCCGCGCCACCGGCGGCUUCGACGACGGCGAGCACCUCCUCGGCGUCGGAGGCUUCGGCCGCGUGUACAAGGGCGUGCUCCCGGAGUCCGGGACCGAGGUCGCCGUCAAGGUCGUGUCGCACUCGCACGACGCGAGGCAGGGGAUGAGGCAGUUCGUCUCCGAGGUCGCCAGCAUCGGCCGCCUCCGGCACCGCAACAUCGUGCAGCUGCUCGGCUACUGCCGGCGGCGGGGCGAGCUCCUCCUGGUGUACGACUACAUGCCCAACGGCAGCCUGGACAGGUGGCUGCACGGCGGCCGCGGCGCGCCGCCGCUGAGCUGGGAGCGGAGGCUCCGCGCCAUCAGGGGCGUCGCGGCGGGCCUGCUCUACCUCCACGAGGACUGGGAGCAGGUGGUCAUCCACCGCGACGUCAAGGCCAGCAACGUGCUCCUCGACGCCGAGAUGAACGCCCGGCUCGGCGACUUCGGGCUCGCGCGGCUGUACGAGCGCGGCGCCGGCGCGCAGACCACGCACGUGGUGGGCACCAUGGGGUACCUCGCGCCGGAGCUCGCGCGCACCCGGCGCGUCACGCCGGCCACCGACGUGUUCGCGUUCGGCGCGUUCGUGCUCGAGGUGGUGUGCGGCCGGCGGCCCAUCGAGCGCGGCGGCGGCGGCGGCGACGACGACGACGGGCGGCUCGUGCUGCUGGUGGACCGGGUGCUGGAGCUCUGUCACGCGGGCGCGCUCGCCGACGCCGCGGACGCGCGGCUCCGCGGCGAGUACCCCGCGGAGGAGGCCGCGCUGGUACUGAAGCUGGGCCUGCUGUGCUCCCACCCGGUGCCCGGCGAGCGGCCGUCGAUGCGGCAGGUGGUGCAGUACCUCGACGGCGACGCGCCGCUGCCCUCGCCGCCGCGGUCGUAUCAGAGCUUCACCGCACUGGCCAUGAUGCAGAACGAGGGCUUCGACUUGUACGCCGCGUCGUACCCGUCGUCGUCGGCUACUGGGACAAGCGUGGGCGCCGUGUCCUCUGUGCUCACUCCGAAGGAAGGUGAUUAGAGCGGCAAUGCAUACUAAUCGCGUUUUAAUUUGACCGCCAGCCUCCAUUUUGAAAUCGGGCUCCAAUUUUGUGAACUUUAAUUUGAGCAGGAAUGUAAAUUUUAAUUAUUAGUUCAAUUUUAAUGGAGUACUAUAAGCAUUAAAUUUACUGACAUGACAUAAUUAUUAUAAAAAAAAGAGAAAUGUCAUCACA